AUGAAGAGAGGAGAUGCUAUCACUAUUGCAGAUGUAAUUCAACAAUGGGAUGAUAUUGAGCAGGAUUCUCAGGCUAUCACUAUCCCACUGCAGCAGGUAUUCCCCUCCCGAAAAGGGUCCCACUAUAUCCAUAUUCGCUAUCCAGAUGGGGUCCCCCCACCCCCAUCUACGCAGGGCGUGCAGGCUGCGGUGGAUGAGGUGGUGCAGGCCUGGGAGCAGGCCCAGGCCCGGGCCAAGGCUGAUCAGGCCAUCCAGGCCAGCCAGUUAACUGACGCGAACCCCUGGCUGCGCAUGACAAGGUGGGCUGACUAUCUGCAGGGCAUCCAGGCCCAUGACCUGCUAGCCUGCGUGGCAGCCCCGGAGGAAGACCCCAUGGAUGCCACGGAGCAGGGGUUGCAGGUGAUCUGGGACACCAUGGAGCAGGUGGCCCGGAAGAGCCAGCAGACAGUCCAGCAAUGUGGCCAGGCCAUCUGGAUGGAAGCUGUCCGGUCCGAAAAGGGGCAGACCCCGUACCGGCCCCUGCUAGUAUAUAUGGAUGAGACAGCAAUCAAGAAGCACGUGCAGCCAUGGCAGCAGAUAUUAGCAUUCAUUACCCGGACCCAGGCCCCGCACGAUUGGGCCAGCCCCCGAUAUGGGAUGACUGCCCGGCAGCGCCAGAAAUAG